GAUUUGACAAACCAUGCUGCUGCUCGUGGUCACUGUGUCUCUCACCAAUAUGUUUUUUGCUGUUGGAGUUGUUUGCAUGCCUGUGUCUGAACAGGGGCCCCACAUCUCGCACCACUGGGGCCCGGUAGUGCGGCUCCGGCACCUGUACGCCGCCCGGCCCGGACUGCACCUGCUGAUCAGCGGGGACGGACAGAUCCACGGCUCGGAGCAGCAGACUCCAUACAGCCUGCUGGAGAUCAGUCCCGUGGAACCGGGCUGUGUAGUGAUCAGAGGAGUCGCAGCCUCACAGUAUCUCUGCAUAGAGCCCAAUGGAAGGCUGUUCUCCACGCCCACCUACAGCAGAGACGCCUGCACCUUCAGAGAGCAGAUCCUGCCGGACGGCUAUAACAUCUACAUCUCGAUCUCACACGGGGCCCUGCUCAGUAUGGGAACCCCCCGGCAGAGGAAGCAGGGCCGGGACCGAGGCGUUCCGGCUUUGGCUCAGUUCCUCCCCAGGAUCAGCAGCCUGGAUCAAAUCACGUACCCCGGUCCAGAUGUCCCUGAGCAGCUGGAACGGAGGAGGCCAACAGAAGAACCUGUGGACGCCAUGGACUCAUUUGGGAAGCUCUCUCAGGUCAUUCACAGCCCCAGUUUCCACAAGAGAUGAGACAGCAGUGAAGGGCUCGUCCUGAGGGAUCUUUGUCAGAGAGCAUGCACUCCUCCCUGCAUGUUGUGGUAGCAGGAAGUGUCCAGAGGUUCAGCCGGCUUGCAACCAGAGAUGCUGCUGGGACAUCCUGCCAGCACCGUCCGGUCAGUCCAGACUGAACAGUGUAAGGUUCCAUUCUGUCACUUUCAGUAUGCUCAUAUAGACAUGUGUUUGAAAAAGACCAGGAAACAUGACAGAACGUUGAAGAGGAAAAGAAGGGCACAGUAUAGGUCACACUGUAUCACUGUGUAGAGCAGGGGUGUCCAAACUUUUUUCACUGAGGGCCACAUAUAGGAAACCAUACGAUGGGCUGGGCCCCUCACUAGAGGUGACGUAUUUUGCCUUAUAAGUUAAGUCAUAAGUUAGCAAAAUCAAUGAAAUGUAGGUCAAUUAUGUAUCUCACUGAUUCUUGAAAUUAGGGAGAAAACAUGUCUCCCGUCUAAAUGUUGCAAUUUUCCUUAAAAAUCUAUAAAUUAUUUCAUUUAAAAAGGCUUUAAACGUUGGAUAUGAAAGAUCUGUGAGUGUUUACACACUUAGUUUUGUAUGUAUUUAUAUUAUUUCAUAAUAAUUCAUAAAAUACCGGCACUGUACAAUGAAAGUCCAUGCAAAUGAACUUGUCCUCCGUUAGAGGUCACAGUAUCAAACUGCAAAAAUAAGUGUUAAAAAAUGCACAAAAAUGCACAAAAAUGUAUUUGAAGUUAAUUGGAUGGCUUAAUAAGAGAUCACAAAAUGCUUAAAGUGAACAUUGCAUUAUUUUAUCCAUUAACAACAGCCUUUCAAAGUAGUGUCCUCACUUCAUGUCAACUCCAUCAGACUUUUUUCAAAUUUGAAAUAAAUCAGGCAUAUCUUGGUCAGUUAUAACCCUGACCCUCUUUUUGACUUCUUUCUCUUGAUGGAUGCAGCAGUACACCACAUGGUCCCGUAAAUUUACAUUUUUUGUUAAAUAUUCAGAAAACAAGUUGAAAUCCCUGUGGUCACAGCUUUUAUGUGUCAACACUGUCUUCAAAUUAGGGAUUAUUUCAAUCAAGAAUUUUGAAAUAGAAGUUAGCAUUUUAGUUUAGUUUGUAGUGGCAGUCGGCAACUGAGGGAAAUCAAAAUGGCUACCAUGUACUAGACAUGAUUAGAUUGAAAAAACAUGUAGUUUUGUCAACUCCGUCAGGCGUCAACUCCUUCAGAUAUUUUGUCUGACAGUGUUGACAUGUAAGCUGACGGAGUUGAAAAGUGCUCUAAAUACUCAAGUUAUUCAAAUAAUCCUUAUACUAAAGUAAUGCAAAAUAACUGCAUAACUUGAUUAUGAUCUAAUAACUACAUGUUAAUUGACUGAAAAUAUCUAAAAUGCCAAAUUGCAGCUAAAAUGCAUGCUUUUAUCUGUACCGAAGGCAAACAUGGCUAGAAAAAAACUAUCAGUUGAAGAUCAAAGGAAAAGAAACAGAGAAUACCAGAGAAAAAGGAGAGAAAAGGUUAAACAGCAACCCAGAGAGCAGAAGGGAGAAUUUAGAAAAGGAGAGAGAAAGGUGGAAAAAGAGGGUCCUAAAGAAAACUGUCAAACAAGUAGGACAAUUAGGACCAAGAGAAAAGCGUCAUCGCAGAAAAUAUUGGAGGAAAGCACAGAGAAAGUCUAGGAGGUCCAGAGCUAUGCAGGAAAAAGAUACCCCACCAGAUAGUCCAGAGCAGAAUGAGGAGCCAACUACCAGCAGGCAUACUGUUGCAGCCAUGAGGGAGAGGAGAAAAACCAGAAAGCGGCACUCGAGGGAGGUGAAAGCAUUGAAAGAAAAGAUUGGGAAAUUGACAAAAGAGAGAAAAAGGCUAAAAAAACAGAAAUGGCGGAUAAAGAAAAAGGCUCAAAUUGACCAAUCAAAUGACAAACGAAGUGAUAAAUUGAUAGUAGAUUCUCCACGAACAGCAACAGACAGGAUGAUAGCAGGAAGCCAACUUAGGAACCCUAACAUUAGGAAAUCUCUUCUUUUCCACAAUGUUCUCUGCCGAGAGCUGAAAAUGAAUAAAACAACGCCUGUGGCACGGAGACAUGCCAUUGCUAAAUCUGGUCACCCACAACUGGCAUUAUCAGGCAAGGUUUUAAAGAAGUAUCGGCUUCUUCAUAGGGUUCGCCAGUUUGGUGUUAGCUACAAGUUAAUGAAUGACAAAAAACAGACAACAAAGAAGGCGGCAACAUAUCUGCAACGUAUCAGCCAUACUGUUAAGGAGUUCAUUGUAAACUCAUCUCGCAUGACAACUGAUAAGACAGACACCAUCACAAGGAACAAGAUGAAACAUCAACGGAUGAUUUUAACAGACUCAAUGCUGAACCUCCAUAGUGACUUUCUCAAGAAGAACCCGAGCGUGAGGCUGAGUUACUCCUCCUUCUGUGCUCUGCGGCCCUACUAUGUUACAGCACCGAAGGCAUCUGACAGAAGUACUUGUCUGUGUCGUCAUCAUGAAAAUGCAGACUUGAUGCUUCAGGUUCUAAGGUCAUCGGGUGUACUAAAAUCAAACAAACUGGAGGAUAGUUUUCACUUAGUUUGUUGCACUCCAGCAAAUGAGGCCUGCCUUCUUCGCAAUUGCUUACGGUGCAAAACCAAGCAUACAGCUCUGGCUCCAGAAAUAAGUGGAAUCAGUGUUCACUGGCGGCAGUGGGAGCGAGUUCAAGACCAAACAGCCAGUGGGAUCCACUUCAACAUGAAACUGAACAUGCAUAGUGGGAGUCUUUCAGAGUUACUUCAUCUGUAUGAGGAGAAUUGUGUCAUAUUGUGUCAUCAGUUCAGUUAGAUAUACAGUUUAGUUAAAAUACUGUAUAGAUCACCUAUAGAGGACCUCCAGAUGGUCUACAUUUGUUUUCUCUUUUGAGACCAGGAACAUUUUGACCUUUUCAUGUGUGCCUUAAAUAUCCUGUCACCAGGUGUUCUUAAGCUUGACAUUCUUUCCCUUGAUACUCUCUACCUUGUUCAUGUCAAAAGUAGAGAAAUAUCUUUAAUAAGUUUAAUUUUCCAUUAGUUUGUCAACACCGUCAGUAAUGUGUCAACACCGUCAGUUGUGUGUCAACACCGUCAGUAAUGUGUCAACACCGUCAGUUGUGUGUCAACACCGUAAGAUGAAGGUUUUUCCUUUUUUAAAAGAAAUUCUUUUGGCUUUUGUUCAAUUGAGAGUCUUCAUAUAUCAAAACUCCAAAUGAUCUACAUGCAUUAGUGUCUUGUUUGUGCAAAGCCACUGAUUUUAUAUGGUUAAAAUUAAAAAAUGAGUAAACUAAAUAGAAUCGGAGGAUGAAACAUAGAAUCGGAGGAUGAAACCCUCUUUAUUUGUCACAUGCAUGCACACAGCAGAGCACACACAGUGAAAUUAGUCCUCUGCAUUUAACCCAUCCUAGUACUAGGAGCAGUGGGCACCUAUCGUGCAGCGCCCGGGGAGCAAUGGGGAGGGGGGAUUGGAGGUGUCCGGUGCCUUGCUCAAGGGCACCACAGCAGGGCCUAGGAGGUGAACUGGGACCUCUCCAAGUAGCAGUCCACUUUCCAUAUUUCAAGUCUGUUCGGGGACUUGAACCGGCGACCCUACGAUUCCCAGUCCAAGCCCCUACUGACUGAGCCACUGCUGGACGAAAUGAAAAUGAAGGUUGAAAUGAAGAUAAUUUGAAAUGGCUUGUCCCAAAACAAUGAAAAAUAAUAUUAAAAGUCUAUGCAAUGUAAAUGUAUCACUUAACUUUGCUGAGGCACACCAGUUCUACAUGCUUAAAGAUGUUUCAGUGUUUUUGAAUUGAUCAAACUAAAAAAAUACAUAUUUUCAUGUGUCAGACGGAGUUGACAAUUGUCAAGUUACUAAGUAAGUAAAAGUAUUUUUUUAUGAAAAGUGGUUCAAUAAAAAACCUGUUCCUUUUCAUGGCAUGAUAGAUAACACCCGUGUUUAUAAAGAUAUCCAAUUAAAAUAACUGUAAUGUAAAUUUUUUUUUUUUACUUUUCAAAAGUAGUUUUGUCCCGAAUCUCAAGAAUCAGUGAUCUAAUAAAUUAAACAUUUAUUUUAAGUGUUGGCAGCUCAUUCCUUCAACAGAAGCCUCAGAUUGCUCAUAAUAAGGAGAAAUAUGAACAGUAAAUUUCAAGCUUGUUAUGUAAAUACGUGCUCUUUAUAAACAAAGAUUUGUUAGAAAAUGUUUCAGCUUUAAUUAACUGACUUUAUUGAAAAAAUGGGUUUACUGCUGCAUAAUAUAUGUUUACAUAUAUAUUUAAGAAGUACAAUAUACGACAAGCACAAGUUUCAGGAUUGGGCCAUAAUCCAUUAUACUUUUAGAAAUUGCUGGGGGCCAAUUCAAAAUGGAAAACGGGCCACAUUUGGCCCCCGGGCCGUAGUUUGGACAUCCCUGGUGUAGAGCCACAUGAGACAGCACCAUGUGGUCCGACAUUUUGCCCAUUCUGAAUGUUGUACAAAGUGUGUUAAACACAAGGUGUUCCAACAGGAAGCAGAGAUCCUGAGGACCAGGAUGUUGGUCAAUUGAACUGCAGUUGGUUAGUGAGCUAAAAUAUGACUGCUUUUCCACUCCUGACAAAAAGGAAUUACGUGCUUGCAGUAAUAUGUAUUUAUUUUCUAUAUUUAAAUGUUUUGCCGUGAAUGUAAAUAUCUGUGUGACUUUAUUAAAAGAAUCAUUACAUUUUC